AUGAGGAAUGAGCACCUCAAAGCACAUCAACGUCGGCAUCGUGAUGCUUCAGAAAAGUCGUUUGUCUGCGAGCAUCAAGACUGCGCACUUCGGUUCUGGACCUCGAGCCAGCUCAAGAAUCAUGUACAAGCCUGUCAUGCUGACAAUAUGUCGUCGGCGACGGAAGCGAACGCCCACGAUUAUCCUUGCACCGAAGAUGGAUGCGAAUUGACUUUUCAUAAGCGAAAACAGCUACGCCAACACAUUCGUGAUCACCACUGCGGGCCUGCGGUGAAUGUCGAUGGUCAGCAAGAGCAAGGACAUCUGCAGCUACUAGAAGCCAAGGCUCUGCCGUUCGUCUGCCUUUAUCCUGGCUGUGGUAAACGGUUCGCAACCAACUCGCGGCGCAAAACACAUUUUCGAACGCACGAGGAAGGUAGAUACACUUGCUCGAUGGAGCAUGAUCUACCGCAACAGCAUGGUGAUCAGGAUGCAGGCCCGUUCGUCUACACGUUCCCCAACUGGACUGCUCUGCAGGCACACAUCAAGGAAGCUCAUCCACCGAUAUGUCCUUGGCCAGGAUGCGGCAAGCGAUUCCAGCGUCAAGACAACCUCAAGGCCCACUAUAGAAGACAUGAAGACCGCAAACUUCGACUCGAAAUGGAAGCAAAGAUGCUUGAAGGCAAGCACGAGACUGAACGCAAUCAACUACGUGCAGAGCUGUCCGACGACAGCUAUGCUUCAUCGUCUGAGGACGAGCAGGACGAAGGUUUAUGGAGAUCCACGUCAGAUGUGGCGGCACAGAGCUCGUAUCAGACCAUGUCCCUACCCAAUCAAGAUAACCAGGUCUCAGGACAGCAGGCCAGUGAUGCUGCGGUGAAUAACGGUGGUGCCGAGCCGGCACACCGCCGAUUUCCGGCGUUGUCAGAAGAGCAGCUUGUGCUGAAGGCUGCUCAGCUUCACUCGACAAGACCUCGAAGAGGAGGCGUAUUUCGCGGUCUCAGUUCUCCGACCCUCAGCAUUGUCACAUCAGCAUCUGAUAAGACAAGAUCUGCCCGUCUCGGAAGCGUCGCGACGUCAAUCAUGAGCGCUCGGAACAGUCCGUCCGCCUUCGCUUGCACGUGGAACGGAUGCAGCAAAGUCUUCACGCGCAAGUCAACCUUAUCGAUUCAUGUUCGAACUGCACAUCUCGGUGAAAGGCCCUUCGAGUGCCUGGAUUGUGGACGAAGGUUUGCACACAAGCACCUUGUCUCUCGUCAUCGCAGAGUCUGCUCUGGCAUUACAUCAUCGCCGGACCAAGGCGCAAUGCGCCGAAGCAGACUUCGAUUCUCAGCCGCUGACUCACAUAAACAAGCGGACGAAGGAGAAGAUCUCGAUGAAGGAGGUGACAGCUCGCAUUCGAGCACUGCAAAUAUCUCUGAGGAGUCAGACACGGCGACGAUACCGAUGCCUGUCACCAAUUCGAUCUCUGCUACAAUCAAGCCGAGGCUUCUGGACCUUCUCACCGGGCAAGGCUAUUCAGGAUCGCGAGUCGAAAGUGACACGCCAACGUCCGGAAAACGUGUGGCGGCUGACGACGGUAAUUCAAUGAUGAAGAAGCGGCGCAUCACUCGGGAUCGCAUAUUCGCUUGUCCCUGGGCUAAGAUUUGCUCUGCGCUAGAUCAGCAGGCUUCGGAAAGCACGUCGUCAGUGACUGAUCCUGCAUAUCCUGCACCCGUCGCACCUGCAACUCAGUCGGGAGAGGAAAGCACUAGCUCAGCCGCAGCGUGCGAGCAUCGAUUCAAACGUCUUUACGACCUACGACGCCAUCUUCGGGCGCGACACGAUCUGGAUCUUUCCUCAGACGAGCUCUCGGCUAUCACGCAUCAAACUGCAUGGACUAAUGUACACUAG